ACAACCUUGAACCUUCCCUUGACUGAUCCAUCAAACCUAAUUCUCCAACAGCCAUGGUUUUGAUCGCAAUCCCCAACUCCAAAACCCUAACGCUCGACCUAAACCCUAACACCACCACUCUUUACGCCUUCAAAGAAGCCAUUCAAUCCCAAUUCCACAUACCUAUUCCUCUGCAACGCUUCCUCUUACCGACUCGUAACCCUUCCGAAUCCGACUCAGUCGUCCUUACCCAAUUCGGGAUCACUCGCUUCUCAACCGUCUCCCUCCAUGUCCCCCACCUCGGUGGUAUGCAGGCCCCGCCUGCUCCACCCAAGCCUCGCCUCGAUUUCCUGAAUUCCAAGCCGCCUCCGAACUAUGUCGCCGGUCUUGGACGUGGUGCUACUGGGUUUACGACCCGGUCUGAUAUCGGUCCUGCGCGUGCUGCCCCGGAUUUGCCGGACCGAUCUGCAACAACUAUUGGGGGAGCCCCAGCGCCGGGGGUCGGUGUUGGUAGAGGACGCGGGAAGUCUGGGGAGGAUGAGGAAGAAGAUGAGGGUGAAGAGAAGGGUUACGAUGAGAACCAGAAGUUCGAUGAAUUUGAAGGGAAUGAUGUAGGGUUGUUUGCAUCAGCGGAGUACGAUGAGGACGACAAGGAGGCUGAUGCCGUUUGGGAGGAGAUUGAUAAGCGGAUGGAUUCACGGCGGAAGGAUCGAAGGGAGGCGAGGUUGAAGGAGGAAAUCGAGAAGUACCGUGCGUCGAAUCCCAAGAUUACAGAGCAGUUCGCCGAUUUGAAGAGGAAAUUGCACACGAUGUCAGCUCAGGAAUGGGAUAACAUUCCGGAGAUUGGGGAUUACUCGUUCAGGAACAAGAAGAAGCGAUUUGAGAGCUUUGUGCCCGUCCCUGAUACGCUUCUUGAGAAAGCGAGGCAGGAGCAGGAGCAUGUCACGGCGUUGGACCCAAAGAGUCGGGCUGCAGGAGGGACGGAGACGCCGUGGGCACAGACUCCUGUCACGGAUUUGACUGCUGUAGGUGAGGGUAGAGGGACUGUUCUGUCGCUGAAACUGGAUAGGCUAUCAGACUCUGUUUCCGGGUUAACAGUGGUGGAUCCUAAAGGCUAUUUGACUGAUUUGAAGAGCAUGAAAAUUACAAGUGAUGCUGAGAUUUCAGAUAUUAAGAAGGCAAGGCUGUUGUUGAAAAGUGUCACUCAGACUAACCCCAAGCACCCGCCUGGGUGGAUUGCUGCAGCAAGGUUAGAGGAGGUGGCAGGGAAGAUUCAGACGGCAAGGCAGUUGAUACAGAGAGGUUGCGAGGAGUGUCCGAAAAGUGAGGAUGUGUGGUUGGAGGCUUGUAGACUUGCUAGCCCUGAUGAGGCAAAGGCAGUUAUUGCCAUGGGAGUGAAAUCGAUUCCACAUUCAGUGAAGCUGUGGCUGCAGGCAGCGAAACUGGAGAAUGAUGAUUCAAACAAGAGUAGAGUGUUGAGGAAGGGGUUGGAGCAUAUCCCAGAUUCUGUGAGGCUGUGGAAGGCAGUGGUCGAGUUGGCGAAUGAGGAGGAUGCUAGGUUGUUGCUCCAUAGGGCUGUGGAAUGUUGUCCAUUGCAUGUGGAAUUGUGGCUGGCUUUAGCAAGAUUGGAGACUUAUGAUAGUGCGAAGAAGGUGCUUAAUAGAGCGAGGGAGAAGUUGUCGAAGGAGCCUGCAAUUUGGAUAACCGCUGCUAAGUUGGAGGAAGCAAAUGGGAAUACUUCUAUGGUUAGUAAGAUUAUCGAGAGAGGUAUAAGGGCUUUGCAAAGAGAAGGAUUGGUGAUUGAUAGGGAGGCUUGGAUGAAGGAGGCUGAGGCAGCAGAACGUGCGGGCUCUGUGGUGACUUGCCAGGCUAUCAUACAUAAUACCAUUGGGAUUGGAGUGGAGGACGAAGACAGGAAGAGGACAUGGGUGGCUGAUGCAGAAGAGUGCAAGAAGAGGGGUUCUAUUGAGACAGCUAGAGCUAUUUAUGCUCAUGCCCUUACUGUGUUCUUGACAAAGAAGAGUAUUUGGCUCAAGGCAGCUCAACUUGAGAAGAGUCACGGAACUAGAGAGUCUCUUGAUGCACUGCUCCGGAAAGCAGUUACUUACAGGCCGCAAGCUGAAGUUCUUUGGCUCAUGGGUGCUAAAGAGAAGUGGCUUGCUGGGGAUGUGCCUGCUGCACGUGCAAUUCUGCAAGAAGCUUAUGCUGCUAUUCCUAAUUCGGAAGAGAUUUGGCUUGCAGCCUUUAAGCUGGAAUUUGAGAACCAUGAGCCUGAAAGAGCAAGAAUACUUCUUGCUAAGGCUCGAGAAAGAGGAGGCACAGAAAGAGUUUGGAUGAAAUCCGCCAUUGUUGAGAGAGAAUUGGGAAACACUGAGGAGGAGCGAAGAUUGCUUGAUGAAGGGUUGAAACACUUUCCUUCAUUCUUCAAAUUGUGGUUAAUGCUUGGGCAGCUUGAGGAACGUCUUGGUCGUUUGGAUCGAGCGAAAGAAGUGUAUGAUUUGGGGUUGAAGCACUGCCCUAAUUGUAUAGUCCUCUGGCUUUCUCUUGCUAAUCUCGAAGAGAGGAUGAAUGGACUUAGUAAAGCUCGAGCAAUACUCAUCAUGGCGCGGAAGAAGAAUCCUCAGAACCCCGAGCUUUGGCUGGCUGCUGUUCGAGCUGAAUCAAAGCAUGGGAAUAAGAAGGAAGCUGAUAUAUUGAUGGCAAAAGCAUUGCAGGAUUGUCCAAAUAGUGGUAUCUUGUGGGCUGCAUCUAUUGAGAUGGCUCCCCGUCCACAGCGUAAAUCCAAGAGCCAUGAUGCUGUGAAGAAGUGUGAUCAUGAUCCCCAUGUCUUCGCUGUUGUGGGCAAGCUGUUUUGGCAUGAAAGGAAGGUAGACAAAGCUAGGAUCUGGCUAAACAGGGCAGUGACUCUUGCUCCAGAUAUUGGGGAUUUUUGGGCGUUAUACUACAAGUUUGAGCUUCAGCAUGGGACUGAGGAGAAUCAGAAGGAUGUGCUAAAGAGAUGCAUUGCUGCAGAACCCAAGCAUGGUGAGAAAUGGCAAGCAGUCUCGAAGGCAGUGGAGAACUCUCACCAGCCAACUGAAGUCAUCUUGAAGAAAGUUGUGGUUGCCCUGGGGAAGGAAGAGAGUGCUGCUGAAAAUAUUAAGCAAUAGUUACUUUCGAGCUUCUAGGUUUACAAACUCCCCUCUUUUUUGCACUUCAUUGGUCAGUGUUUCAACAUUAUGUACUAUGAUUAUAACCUUUUAGUACCUAGCCUCAUAUAUCUUGAUGAUCCAGUUUUAUAAUUUAAUAUCUUGAAAGAUGAUUGACAUGUACGUGGAUAUAGGGUGUAGAUUAUUUCUUGGAAACCUAAUGUUUGAACUGCUAUGUAUCUUCUUAUCCGUGACUAUAAAUCAUCCUCUUUUUUCGGAAUGGAAUACAUUUCCCUGUUCUUUUUUGA